AUGUCUGAUAGCUAUCACUCGGUGAUACUACCACUUGCCCAAGACCCUUGGUUACUCGAUACCUACCUUAAUUCGUCCGGACAAAUAAGGCUUGGUACACUAUUCAUGGACCUAGACGCUCUAUCUGGCGUGGUUGCAUACAAGCAUACGGGCGACGCCGUGACGACUGUCACUGCAGCUUGCGACAGGAUCAAGAUCAAUUCUCCGCUGACUGAGAUUUGCGAUCUGGAGUUGAGCGGGCAGGUCACAUAUGCGACUGGCAGGUCCAGUAUGGAAAUAUCUCUGCAAGUCGCGAAAGCUCCCAAAAAUGGCGAGAAAGUACCUAAGUCGGAUGUCUUCAUUGAGUGUACAUUCACCAUGGUUUCUCUAGACCCAGGCACCAAGAAGCCCGUUCCUAUCAACUCCGUUGUAGCAGAGACUACAGAAGAAAAGGAGCUUUUCGCUCUAGGGGAAAAGCAUUCGAAUCAGAGAAAGAAGCGCUCGAAGACAUCUCUGAUCAAAUACACCCCAAACGACUUAGAAUCAGACCUCAUCCACGCGUACUGGCAGCACCAGAUCCAAUACCAUGACCCCAACGACCCGCACCGCAAGCCCAAAAACGCCCACUUCAUGAACUCGACCGAGCUCCGCACAGCCAUGAUUAUGCAGCCCCAAUACCGCAACCGCCACAACUUCAUGAUCUUCGGCGGCUUCCUGCUCAAGCAGACAUUCGAGCUCGCUUUCAGCUGCGCCGCCGCCUUCUCCCACGCCCGCCCCACCUUCGUCUCCCUCGACCCCAGCACCUUCCAGAACCCCGUCCCCGUCGGCUCCAUCCUGUACCUCACAGCGCGCGUCGUCUACACCGACCCCCCACUCAUCGCCGCGCCGGGCGAGACGUACGACGCCGAAAGCCCGUACACGCGCGUGCAGAUACGCGUCGACUCGAAGGUGCGGAACGUAGAGCACGGCGAGACGAAGCCGACGGGCCAGUUCAACUACACGUUCACGGUGAAUAAGAAUAUACGGGUGAUGCCGCGGACGUACGGUGAAUUUAUGAUGUACAUCGAUGCGCGGCGGCGGGCGGAGGAGGUGUCGGCUAGCUUGGGCGGAGCGGAGGCGCCGGCUAUAACGCGGGAGAGCGUCACAGAGUGA